AUGGACAUCCGCAUGGACGUCUCCCAGCUGCAGAAGCUGGAGAACUGCACCAUCAUCGAGGGCAACCUGCAGCUCCUUCUCAUGUUCACCACCAGUGGCGAGCACUUCCGGCGCCUCCGUUUCCCCCGCCUGGUCAUGAUCACCGAGUACCUGCUGCUCUUCCGGGUCUAUGGGCUCGAGAGCUUGCGCGACCUGUUCCCCAACCUCUCCGUCAUCCGUGGGACCAGCCUCUUCUUCAACUAUGCCCUGGUGAUCUUCGAAAUGCCGCACCUGCGUGACAUUGGCCUCCACAGCCUGACAGACAUCUUGAAUGGGUCUGUGCGCAUCGAACGCAACCAGGAGCUCUGCCACAUCUCCACCAUCGACUGGGGGCUGCUGCAGCCGCAUUCGUUGGAGCAGAACAUCAUCUUGCACAACAAACCUGUGGAGGAAUGCGCCGACGUCUGCCCGGGGAUUCUGGACGUGGAGAAGCCCUGCGUCCAGACCCAGACGAGCCUCAGCGGCCGGAUGGAGUACCGCUGUUGGACGUCCAGCAACUGCCAGAAAGUGUGCCCCUGCAAAGGAGCAGCCGCCUGCACCAGCUCCGGGGAGUGCUGCCACCCAGAGUGCCUGGGUGGCUGCAGCCGUCCCUGGGACAACCAGGCCUGCGUCGCCUGCCGCCACUUCUACUUCAACGGGCUUUGCCUGCGCUCCUGCCCAGACCUCACCUACCAGUACGAAGGGUGGCGCUGCGUGACUGCCGAGCACUGUGCCAGCCUGCGCAAGGUGUCGGAGAAUCCACGGGAAGCCUCCAAGUUUGUCAUCCACCAGAAGCAAUGCUUGUCGGAGUGCCCCUUUGGUUACCAGAGGAAUGAGAGCAGCAUCAUCUGCCACGAGUGCGAGGGCCUGUGUCCAAAGGAGUGCAAAGUUGGCACCAAGACGGUGGACUCUGUGAGGGCAGCGAAGGACUUAUCCGGCUGCACGCUGAUCGAAGGCAACCUGAUCAUUAACAUCCGCCGGGGCGAUAACCUGGCCUCUGAACUGCCGGGCAGCCUAGGACUCAUCGAAACCAUCACGGGCUUCCUGAAGAUCAAGCACUCCUUUGCCCUCAUCUCCUUGUCAUUCUUCAAGAACCUCAAGCUGAUCCGGGGGGACUCCAUGGUGGACGGGAAUUACACUCUCUACGUUCUGGACAACCCCAAUCUGCAGCAGUUGUGGGACUGGAACCACCACACCCUCUUCAUCCCUGUGGGCAAGAUGUACUUUGCUUUCAACCCCAAGCUCUGCCUCUCAGAAAUUUAUCGCAUGGAAGAGAUCACAGGGACGAAGGGCCGGCAGAACAAAGCGGAGAUCAAUCCCCGGACCAAUGGCGACCGGGCAUCCUGUAAAACCCAAAUGCUGCGCUUCGUGUCCAACAUCACUGAGUCAGACCGCAUCAUCCUAAAAUGGGAGCGAUACCAGCCCCCGGAGUACCGAGAUCUCCUGAGCUUCAUCGUUUACUACAAGGAAUCGCCUUUCCAGAACGUGACAGAAUACGUUGGGCAAGAGGCCUGCGGGGCCAACAGCUGGAACGUGGUGGACGUCGACCUUCCGCUGAACAAUGACCAAGAGCCAGGGGUGGUGCUGCAGAAUCUCAAGCCCUGGACUCAGUAUGCCGCCUUUGUGCGGGCCAUCACCCUCACCACAGCCGAGGAGGGGCGCAACUACGGGGCACAGAGCGAGGUGGUGUACAUACGCACCAUGCCUGCAGCCCCAACUGUGCCACGGCACGUCAUCUCCAUGUCCAACUCAUCUUCUCACCUCAUUGUGCGGUGGAAGCCGCCCACCCAGCCCAACGGCAACAUCACUUACUACCUCGUUUUGUGGCAGCAGUUGGCAGAAGACGCAGAGCUGUACAUCAACGACUAUUGCCACAAGGGCCUCCGGUUGCCUACCAGCAGCGCCGAUACCCGCUUUGACACGGCCGACGGUGAGGGCCUCGAGGACUCUGAAGAAGAGCACUGCUGCCCCUGCCACAGCCCUGUCGGGCAGCCCCCCCUGAGGCCGGAGUCCUUCCAGAAGAGGUUUGAGAACUUCCUGCACAACUCCAUCAUCAUGCCCAGGCCUCCCUGGAAAGUGACCUCUGUGAAUAAGAUCUCUUACAGGAUCCCAAAGAGGCGCAGGGACACCUUGGCAGUGGCAUUCACCACUGGUCAUGUCUUCACCAACACGUCCUCUCCAGAGACUGUCGGGAACGCGGCCAGCCUGAACCGCACGGGGACCGACUCUAAAGCUGAGAUGGAUUUUCGCAUCUUUGAAGAUAAAGUGGUCCGGGAUCGGACAGUCAUUUCUCACCUGCGCCAUUUCACAGAGUACCGCAUUGAUAUCCAUGCCUGCAACCAUGCUGCGCAGACCGUGGGCUGCAGCGCCGCAACCUUUGUCUUUGCCAGGACCAUGCCAGAACCUCAAGCAGACAAUAUUCCAGGCAACAUGACCUGGGAGCCAGCCAGCAAGAACAGCAUCCACCUGAGAUGGGAGGAACCCAAGAACCCCAAUGGCCUCAUCCUGAAAUAUGAGAUCAAAUACAGCCGAGAGAACGAGGACGUCACCACGGUCGUGUGCGUCUCCCGCCACCGCUAUUCAAGAUACGGAGGCUACCACCUUGCUCUGCUCCAGCCAGGGAACUAUUCUGCCAAGGUCCGAGCCACUUCCUUGGCGGGGAACGGCUCGUGGACUGGACUCAUCAAGUUUUACAUUCCUGGCCCAGAGGAAGAGGAACCAGGCAACUUCUACGUCCUCCUGACCCUCAUGCCCGUCAUGUUGAUGGUAGCCAUUACCUGCCUGGCCGUCUUUGUCUUCCUGUACAACAAGAAAAGGGGCAGUGAGGGGUACCCCAGCGGCACGCUGUACGCCUCAGUCAAUCCCGAGUACUUCAGCACCUCAAACAUGUACAUUCCAGAUGAAUGGGAGGUGCCCCGGGAGAAGAUCGUGGUGCUGCGGGAGCUGGGCCAGGGGUCCUUCGGGAUGGUCUACGAAGGGAUCGCCAAGGACAUUGAGCAAGAGGGCGAGGAGACCAGAGUCGCUCUGAAGACCGUCAAUGAACUGGCAUCUCUGAGGGAGCGCAUCGAGUUCCUCAACGAGGCAUCCGUCAUGAAGGCGUUCAGGUGCCACCAUGUGGUCCGUCUCCUCGGCGUGGUGUCCCAAGGGCAGCCAGCGCUGGUCAUCAUGGAACUGAUGACACGGGGAGAUUUGAAGAGUUACCUCCGUUCUCUCCGGCCAGAAGCAGAGAAUAACCCCGGCCUGCCUCCCCCGUCACUGAAGGACACGAUCCAGAUGGCCGGUGAGAUCGCUGAUGGCAUGGCCUACCUGAACGCCAAGAAGUUCGUUCACCGGGACCUUGCUGCCCGCAACUGCAUGGUGUCUGAGGACUUCACUGUGAAGAUCGGAGAUUUUGGCAUGACCAGAGACAUCUACGAGACAGACUAUUACCGCAAAGGUGGGAAGGGUUUGCUGCCUGUCCGCUGGAUGUCCCCCGAGUCCCUGAAGGAUGGGAUCUUCAACACACACUCAGACAUCUGGUCAUUCGGGGUGGUGCUGUGGGAGAUUGCCACGCUUGCAGAGCAGCCAUACCAGGGCAUGUCCAACGAGCAAGUGCUGCGCUUCGUGAUGGACACGGGUGUGCUGGAAAAACCAGAGAACUGUCCCGAGAAACUCCACGAGCUCAUGACUUGGUGCUGGCAGCAGAACCCCCGCCUCCGCCCAUCCUUCACCCAGAUCCUGGAGCGCAUCAAGGAUGACAUGAGCACCAGCUUCCACAAGCACGCCUUCUUCUACAGCGUGGAGAACAAACGCCGCGGCUCCUGGGAGACUUCAGAGACUGAGACGGAGCGGCUGCUGGAGGCAGAGCUGCUGCCACCCCUAGACUCCCUCCCCAUGGGUAGCCCCCCACUCGCUCUUGGGAAAAGGACUCGUCUCAACAGGCAGAUCAGCAGGAAAAUGUCUCUUGAGGCCAGGGACUGUUUCAGGCUCCACGGAGCUCGGCACCUCUUCCACCGGCUGCUGCCCUCUGGGCCAGGCCAGAUGAUUUGGGCACUGACAGCUACUCGGACCAUACAGUAGGGGGCCUGUGGGGAAAAGGCAGCAGGCGCACCAGGAGAAAGCCUGCUGUGUCCAGCAGCAGCCAGGGGGGUUGUCUGAGUGCCUUAUGGGUGGAGAAGCCCCUUCCCUUCUGCUGGCCCGCCCCCAAGUCCACCCCCCCUCCAGCCCACCACUGGCAAUGAAGCUCUAGGGUGCCCCUGCUUCAAAGGAUGGCAAACAGCCUGUCGACAGCAGGACCACAACUGCUGCAGGGAGCCCAAUCCUGGGGAGGUUCUUGCACACAAGAAGUCCCACUGAAAUCAAGAGAGAGCAAGUGAGACUCAACUCACCUCGGUGCCAUUGAAGGGAGGGGGAUGCGACCUGCCUGCCUGCCUGACCCUGGGAAUGCAGCAGAGAAGUGGACAGUCAAAGUCCUCUCGCUUGCCUCUUCCAGAGUCAUAGGUGCCGCUCUACACAGCCUGUUUCCUUUGGAAGGAUUUGGCAGGAGCCUCUUGUGGGUCAUGCACAGCCACUGAGUGUCUGAGAGCUAAACCACAUGAG